CAGCUCGCCUCCGCCUCGGCUCUUCCCCACCACCACCACCUCGCCGCCGCCGGCCAUGUCGGCGCACGUAGCCGUCGCGCUCUUGCUCGCGCUGCUCGCACCCGCGGCCGGCACCGACGUGCCGUCGUACCCGCUCUCGCAGGCGCAGUCCCCGGCCAACACCUCCUCGGGCGGCUCCUCCUCCACGUCCCCGCCCUGCCACCUCGACCUCUCCGCGGAGCUGUUCGGCGGCGUGGCCGCGGCGUGCGGCGCGGGAGGCGGGCCCGGCUCGCUCGACCGCGGCAGGUGCUGCCCGGUCCUGGCCGCCUGGCUGUUCGCGGCGCACGCGCGCACCGCGCUGUCCGUGCCGGCGCCGGCCCCGGCGCUCGCGGGCGAGGGCCUCGACGGCGGGGAGGACGAGCCCAUGGUGCCCUACGACAACCAGCGAUGCGUCGACGCGCUGGGCGCGGCGCUCGAGCGGCGCGGGGUGGCGCUGCCCCGCCCCAACGCGACGUGCGACACGGUGCUCUGCUUCUGCGGCAUCCGGCUCCACCAGAUCGGCUCGCUCCGCUGCCCCGCUGCGUUCGCCGUCGGCGGCGCCGGUGCCAAGAACGCCACGCCCACCGCCGCGGUGAAGGAGCUGGAGAAGAGCUGCCGCAACGCCUCCUACGCCGGCUGCUCCCGCUGCGUCCAGUCCCUGCAAAAGCUGAAGGGGAACGUGAGCCGGGAGGUCGCCGGCGGCGACCGGGCGCGGCGGAUGCUGGGGCGGGACUGCCAGCUGAUGGGCCUGACGUGGCUGCUGGCCAAGAACAAGACGGUGUACAUCCCCACCGUGUCCGCCGUGCUGCGCGCCAUGCUCUACAGCGCGCGCCCGACCGAGUCGGCCUCGGCCGGCGCCGCGCCGCCGCGGUGCAGCCCCGACCAGGAGAACAUGCCGCUGGCCGUCGACUCGCUGCAGUUCGAGCGCGCCAGCGCCACCAGCUCGGCCGCCGCCGCGCUGCCCCGCGCCGCCAGCCUCCUGCUGCUGCUGCUGCUCGGCUGCCUCGUCCGCGACGUGUUCUUGUAAAUUAUCAUGGAGGCAAGCAAAUCAAGAACCUUAAGCCUUGUCGAUAAUCGAUAUAGUAGUGGGGUAUUUUGUAGGGUUCGUUAGUUAAUCAGUGCUAGCUUCUUCUAUUGCACAGUGCCUGCGGAUUAGCAGACGUGGCAUUGGAUGUCAUGAGAGGGAUGUGACGAGCUAGCGUCUCUAAUUAAGGUGGUGGUUUGGUUUUAUGCUGGGCUUGCCAUGCCUCUGCUUGUCUGCUUCUCUCAUUUUUGCGUGUGAGCAGUUUUCGGCAUUGUUUUUUCUACGUCUAUAUCAAAAUCUAAUCAUUUGCAAUAGUUUGUGCAGAAAUUAAGUUUAAAAAAUUAUAUCGCCG